CCUCUCAUCUAGCUGGAGAGCAGUCUGCUUGCUUGUGUGUUCCAGACAAAAUCAGCCAUCACAGGCAGCAAGCAGACUGAUCUCCUAAACAGCUGCCACUCUGCACAGAGAAGAAGGGGGUGAGCUGAGAUGGCUGCGGCAUUGAAGGAAAGCUUUGAGAAGUUCUUACACCAGAAGAAUUUCUGCACUGACAUCUUGGAGAAGAUCGAAGCUAAGACCGGGGUGAACAGACGCUACAUAGCACUGGCAAUUAUUGGCAUUGUUGCGAUUUACCUGGUGAUCGGUUAUGGGGCAUCUCUGCUUUGCAACUUAAUUGGAUUUGCUUACCCUGCUUAUAUCUCAAUCAAGGCGAUUGAGAGUCCGAGUAAAGAUGAUGACACGCAGUGGCUCACUUAUUGGGUGGUGUAUGGAAUCUUCAGCAUCAUUGAAUUCUUCUCCGAUAUAUUCCUUUCCUGGUUUCCUUUCUACUACAUGAUCAAGUGCGGGUUCCUGCUGUGGUGCAUGUCUCCCAGCCCUUCCAACGGCUCUGUUCUGCUCUACAAAAAAAUCAUCCGUCCCUUUUUCCUAAAACACGAGGGGGAGAUGGACCGCUUGGUGAAGGACAUUAAAGACAAAGCUUCUGAAACUGCUGAUACUAUCAGCAAAGAAGCUAAAAAAGCUACUGUGAACCUUCUGGGUGACGAGAAGAAAAGCUCCUAAGCGGCCGCCAUGAAGACACCCCCUAUACGCUACUGUUAUAAGGGGGCUAUAUGAGACAGACCCCCUGCCAGAGGGGCCUGAAACACACAGAGCAUUGACUGACUGCAGAGUGCUGUAUUUCAAGCCUCGCUUGCAUUAUGGGGGGUUGAUACUGUUGCCUUGGAAACCUGUUUUUUUGAUAUGAAGAACAAACGUGUUGAAGUAGUUAUACUAUUUUUGCUGUUGUCUGUAGUGAGGGGCUGGGGUAAGCGUUUUAUUUAAAAGCAGUCUGCAGUGUCCAAAACGUAUUCAAAAAUCACUUUUUAUUCUGUGAGGAAAAGGCUUUCCAAAUGCAUUGUCUUGUCCUGCAGUAUGUGGACCUAAAUAAAAUGAAGUCAGUCUAUAC